UUUUUUAGGUUUUCUUUGUUGGGUAAUUUUGGGUUGUGUACUUCUAUUUUGGAAAAAAUGGGUUCUGGGUGUGGUGCGGGGAUGGAGGUGGCACAAGACACUGGCACUUUACUGUGGGAUCUUUUCGUCCCCUCAUUACCUCUUCUUCUGCUGGUUCAGCUUGUGUCACAUUUGUACCAGUCCUUCACUACUUUUAGAAUCAUCCGAUUCUAUGCCUUUCGAUGUGUAUACUGCUGCUGCGAUGCGUUGCACAAUCAUGGCGCGAAUUGAAGGCGAGCAGGAGGGCUUGCCGGUGUGCAGACUAACUGGGUAGGACCCUUUUGAGUUCCCCUGUCUUUCUGGGCGCAUUUGCAAGGAAGGGUUUCGUGUUGCCUUGAAGAUUUUGGUUGUUGGGUGGCUUGUUGUUUGCCUUCGUCGGGUCUCGAGUGAGGGAAGCAGGGGGAGUAUCAUUGAAAGUUUUGAAGUGCUGUUGAAGUGUGUAAAGGGCAGAUGGUGCCCGAGGCAGGGUGUAUUUGAACCCAGUAGCCACGGAUCCAGGCCACCGGAUGAGUGUGGGAAUUGCUUCCUGGAGCAACCGUGUAGGAAGUUUUGAAUAAAGUCGUUCUAGUUCGUCUUAUCGACAGCAAGGUGCUUUGAUGAGGCGUAACGGCAACGGAACUUGUGAAGCAUUUAUUCCAGGAAUCAGGAAUGUGCUUCACUGGAUCCCUCACCACAGGUUUGGAGCACCAACGUAAUGUACAAACGUAAGGUUGAACGCAGUUUAGGGACUGAACGUGAUUAUUGUAUGGUUUUCAAUGCUCUUCUUACUCUCUGUUGCAAUGGGCGUGUCUAGAGGAGCUUACGUUGGAGAAGUUUUAGGAAGUGUUCAAUGUUUGGAAUGAUCUCACUUCAUUUACUCUUGGUUGGAAGAAUUAUGGUCGAACUAACUUCUUUACAGCGGCCGUUAUUAGGAUACGUCAACACCAAUGCUUUCCGCUUAAAGCCCCAGUUGUUCAAAAAUCGCUGGCAGAAGUGCAUAUUCCCUGAAGUCGUCGAAUGUCUUGUGCAUCAAGUGAGGGCAGUUGGAGAUGAGGGGCGCGUGAAAGCAUGACAGUCUAGGGCGAUUAAUCAUGCUUAUCAAUCCGGAAUUGGGGCGAUAUAUGUAGGUUGCGAGGUUCGUGGAGAUUUCGACCUGGGAAGAGAGACGACUCUAAAGAGGGUAAGGCAGAUGGCGAGUGUGAUCUGCUAAGGGUCUUCAAAUCUUCUCCACAGUGAUACAUCAGAUGGCCAUUCGCUUUAUCAGGUUCACAGGUGUUGAAUUUUCAGUUUAUGGUCGCUCAUUGACCAGAAAAGGUGGAUAGUCAGUGUGGAGAUGGAAAAGGCAGAACUCAUGAGUGUAAAGUUUAAUCGAAAAGCAAUGUAAAGCUGUAGUAGUCGAAGUGCGGAUGUCGGAGUCUGGAAGGUUGUAAACCUUUGGAAAGAGCAGAAAAGAUUCAUUGAGGUAAUUCCAGGAAGAUAUGGAGGCGACAAGUCAUCCUGCAGUGCACCCUGUGGCUGUUCCUCCACAGUUCCAAGGUGCAGGACCCCCUGCAAUUCAGAUGAAGGAUUUCCCUGGGUCACCAGGCACAGCGGGAGGAUUAGCAUUGCGGUUCACGCAGUUCGGGUUUUCCCUUAUUUCGCUGUGUAUCAUGGUUUCAAUUGCCGGAUUCUCCUCGGUAACAGCUUUCUGUUUUCUUGUGGCAACGAUGGUAUUUCAAUGCAUUUGGAGCCUGUGUUUAGGGGCUUUGGACAUCUAUGCAUUGCUUACACAACGAAGUUUUCGAAAUCCAUUGAUAGUGAGCCUUUUUGUCGUGGGUGACUGGGUCACUUCAACAAUGACGUUUGCUGGAGCUUGCGCAGCUGCUGGAAUCACUGUGCUGAUAGAUAAUGAUCUCGAACAGUGUGGGCCGAACCACUGCGGUAGGUUUGAGGCAGCUGCUGCCAUGGCUUUUAUGAGCUGGACCGCAACAACGCUUUCUUUCUGCUUAUCUUUUUGGCUCUUGGCUUCCUGUAGAUAGUAGCUCCGGGUAUAGUAUGUCUUUCCUUGUAAAUUACACGCUCCUGUUUUGGUAACGCUGGAACCCUAUGCUAGUGACAAACGUAACGAACCUCCAAUGAUGAGAUCUUCUGGAAGGAUUUCGAGUUGGUCGCUGCCCGCCUACGUUUGUAUUGGCUUUUGGCCAUAGUACUUGGUUCACAAAAACCUUAAGGACUUUCAAACAGUACGUUAGUUAAACAACUCAGUAACCUUGUUGAGUUAGCUUUCAGCUUAUAUGUAGGCUUGGACGAUUGCCCAAGUGGAUAGCAAAAGUCAGACACAUUACUUCAGUGUAGAUCGUCAUGAAAUCAUACAUUCUCAUCAUGUACUUUUUCCAAAGUCUCACUGCAAUAUCAGGAAGAUGCCGUUGCACAUGC